AGUGCGCACACCGUCCUGUGGGGCUGGGCGCGGGGUUGGAGUAACGCGACCUCAGAGUGGAGAAAAGCUCGUGCUGCUUACUGUCAGAUGCCUUUUUCCUUCAAUGAAUGCUCAGAGGAUUGAUAGAUUAUCAUCCGUCGGGUUGCAUUAUAGACAAUAGAUACUAUCGCAGAAAUCCAAAAAGGACAUUCUUGCUGCGGUGCCAUUACGCGCGGUGGUGCGCCCGGCUCCCCGGUGCGCGCACCGCUGGACGUGGACCCGAAACGAAAGCUUUACGAAAACAACCCGCAAUCGAUGAAGACGCGUGGAGCUUCCUAACGUUUUCUUACUGGGACUCGUUGUGGGGGAAUGAGUGGAGACGCUUUAGUCCGCAGUCGAAGCUUUUGUCAUCGCCGACACGUCGAGGAAGUUUUCCAAGUUUCUCACUGAAUCAAAGUAAGCUGAAACAGCCGAUCAGACCGCCGGUUCUGACCCGCUGAGACAUCACUUAUAUACAGUGCACUGCUGCUUCGUUGUGUAUGGUCGUUAGGUUCAAACCGCCCGUUCCAAUGGCCCAGCAUGUGGCCUGGCGUCACCAUAUAGGCUGAGCAGCCCCCCCGUGCCACUGUUAAAAAGCUCCGACUGACCUCCGCCCCCCCCACCUCGUGCGCAAUGCUGAGCGGACGGUCACUCCGCGACCCGAUGGGACUCAUCGACGCGAGGCACCUUCCUCAGCUGAUGUCCCUGGAGGACCGAGAGCCCACCCCGAUGGAAGGGACCGUGGGGCCGCACAACGCCACGCCGCCCGGGGAGGAGGGGGCUCCGGGUCACCAGCACCAGCCCUUCCCCUGGGUGGCGACCCUGCUGGCCGGCGUCCUGAUCACGACCAUCGUGGUGGACGUUCUCGGGAACCUGCUGGUCAUCGUGUCCGUGUUCCGGAACAAGAAACUCAGGAAAGCAGGAAACGCCUUUGUGGUGAGCCUGGCUGUCGCCGACCUGGUGGUCGCCAUCUACCCCUACCCGCUGGUGCUGUCCGCCAUUUUCCACGACGGCUGGAUCGCCGGCUACAUCCAUUGUCAGAUCAGCGGCUUCCUGAUGGGCCUCAGCGUCAUCGGCUCCAUCUUCAACAUCACAGGAAUCGCCAUCAACCGCUACUGCUACAUCUGCCACAGCCUCAAGUACGACAAGCUCUUCUCCAACGGCAACACCAUGUGCUACGUGGUGCUGGUCUGGGCGCUCACCAUCCUCGCCAUCGUGCCAAACUGGUUCGUGGAGUCGCUGCAGUACGACCCGCGGGUGUACUCCUGCACCUUCGCCCAGUCGGUCAGCUCGCUGUACACCAUCACGGUGGUGGUGGUGCACUUCAUCCUGCCCAUCGCCAUCGUCAGCUACUGCUACCUGCGCAUCUGGAUCCUCGUCAUCCAGGUGAGGAGGCGGGUCAAGCCCGACUCGCGGCCGAAGAUCAAGCCGCACGACAUCCGCAACUUCCUCACCAUGUUCGUGGUGUUCGUGCUCUUCGCCGUCUGCUGGGCGCCGCUGAACCUCAUCGGCCUGGCGGUGGCGCUGGACUCCAGGCUGAGCCGGGCGAUACCGGAGUGGCUAUUCACGGCCAGCUACUUCAUGGCGUACUUCAACAGCUGCCUCAACGCCGUGGUCUACGGCGUCCUGAACCACAACUUCCGGAAGGAGUACAAGAGGAUCGUCUUGAUCAUCUUCAAGUUUCACUGCUGAGACGGCCGGAGGGAUCUGGGCCUCGUUGUUCAGCUUUUGUGACGGGAGUAUGUUAUUAGAAAUAAAAUCCUCACCUUGACAAAGAGAGGAAGAGAAAACAAAUACAAGGUACCGCAUUAAGCAAAAAGGACAAAUACUUGGAGGUAGCUGGAGGUGAAGAGGAGGAGAGAUAGGCAGAGGAGAGAGACAAAGUGAAAUAAACGAUGCCAUACAGUUAUCAGUGAUGCCUUCAGGGAACUCGAGAGACUUUGCAGAGGUAGUCGGAGAGAGAGGGCUUAUCACGACUCCUUUUGGUUCUUUUUUGUGAAGUCAUACUGUAAUUUGUUGUUGGGUUUUACAAACCUUCUGAUCAUUGUAUUUCUGUAAGCGGCGUAGCAUUAAAGCAUCAUGGGAUCAGCAAGCUAAGAGAAGGGCCACUACUUAGUUAGCUGGCUGGCUCCCCCAUGCAUAAACGCUGCUACGGCGCAGGUGUGUCGCUUCCAAUGUUCCCCUGCCUCAUCGCCCGCCAGCUGACGUUAGCCUAGCUAGCUAGCUACCAAGCUAACUACCCAGCAAUCUCUCUCCAGAACUGCGUUUUCCCUCCUCCCGGCGAGCUGCACUGUUGUUGUCACCAUGACCACGGCCAGUUGCUAACCCAUUAAUGUGAAUGGCGUAAGGUCUACCUCGCAAUCAUCGAGACUCUCCGGUACGAUCAGGGCUCUUUAUGGACGAGACAUUGAAAGUUCAGGACUUGACCGUUGGUACCAACAUGUGGGACGGACACCGCCGGUCAGUG